CUGGUCCGGGAGCAGCAGGAGAGUCGACCCCUGCUGAGUCCCUCCAUCGAUGACUUCCUGUCAGAGAGCCGGAGCGACGCCCCCUCCACUCGACCGCUCACAUCCAACACAGCAGCAGUUCUGUCCACAGCUCUGGACCUCGUGGACCUCAGUGAGCCGGCAGACAGCACCGGGGGCAGUAAUGGUGGUGUUAGUGGUGUUAGUGGUAGCAGCAGUAACAAGGACCAGAGGAGGAGUCCUCUGAGGAGGAAGGGCAGCUCCAGGAGCCCUCGGCGCCGGACAAGACCGGAUGAGACGGAGCUGAUCCAGGUGGAGGUGGAACACCUGCCCGCCAGCCCCAGAACACCUGAGAGGGUCUCCCUGGACUCAGUCAGUCUGUCGUCUCCUCUGGACAAAUGGGACGAGGUGAACCUGGACGUGGAGGACGGAGGACUCAGGAGGAGACACGAGAAGAGAUGCACCUCCCAGCACUCCUCCAGUGAACUGCUGUGGUCUGCAGAGUUUAAAACGGAUCCUCGAACAAAGAACUACUUUGACAUCCACAGCUUCGAUGACCUGGACUUCACGUCUUCACCACAGGACUGUGCUGCUUCCAGACAGCACAGACGGACUCGUUCCCUUCUGACCAGAAACGAGUCUCUUGAGGACGAGUUUGUCAGAGCAAAAGCUGCUGUGGAGGUAAAAUACACAUAGUGACAAAAUGUCCUUUCUUUGAGAACAUAAUUCUCUCUACAAAAGUCAUAAAUCUGUAGAACAUGUCCAGCUUUGUCCUUUAAAGCUGCAGCAGCUCUCACUGUUAAAUAUCAGAUAUCAGCUGAUCUUCAGAAACCUGAUCUCAGGUCUGUUCUUAUCGUCAUCUGAGAACUCUGACUCAGCAAACAUUCAGAUAGAUGAGGCUGCACUCAGACCAGCAGACUCAGGGUCAGUUUUCAUAUCCGACACUGAAGAAAUAUAUAC